GCGCAGGAAGGCAGGCAGGCAGUAGCAGCAGCAGCAGCAGCAUCAUAGGCAAGCCAGAGCGUUACCACCUCUGGCGCCACAAGGCGUAAGGCACACGGACACCGACGCGCCGCCAUGACCCACUUCAACAAGGGCCCCUCGUACGGGCUCUCGGCCGAGGUCAAGAACAAGAUUGCUUUGAAAUAUGAUCCACAGAUAGAGGAAGAUCUCCGCAACUGGAUUGAAGAAGUUACUGGCAUGAGCAUUGGAGCCAACUUUCAAUUGGGUUUAAAGGAUGGCAUCAUACUGUGCGACCUUAUCAACAAACUUCACCCAGGAUCAGUAAAGAAAAUCAAUCAAUCCAAACUAAACUGGCAUCAGCUGGAAAACAUUGGGAAUUUUAUAAAGGCCAUACAACAAUAUGGCAUGAAACCACAUGAUAUAUUUGAAGCAAAUGAUCUCUUUGAAAACGGAAAUAUGACCCAGGUUCAGACAUCACUGGUGGCACUAGCAGGUCUGGCAAAAACCAAAGGCUUUCAUACUACAAUUGAUAUUGGUGUCAAAUACGCAGAAAAGCAAGCAAGAAGUUUUGAUGCAGGAAAACUGAAGGCUGGACAAAGUGUGAUUGGUUUGCAGAUGGGAACCAAUAAAUGUGCCAGCCAGGCAGGCAUGACUGCCUAUGGGACUAGGAGACAUCUCUAUGAUCCAAAGAUGCAAACUGAUAAACCACUUGACCAGACAACAAUAAGCCUGCAGAUGGGUACUAACAAAGGGGCUAGUCAGGCAGGGAUGCUUGCACCAGGUACAAGACGAGACAUUUAUGACCAGAAGCUCACAUUACAACCCAUGGGCAACACCACUAUUUCACUACAAAUGGGCACCAACAAAGUGGCUUCCCAGAAAGGGAUGAGCGUUUAUGGGCUUGGACGGCAAGUAUAUGACCCAAAGUAUUGUGCUGCACCAACAGAACCUGUCAUUCAUAAUGGGAGUCAAGGAACAGGAACUAAUGGGUCAGAAAUCAGCGAUAGCGAUUAUCAGGCAGAAUAUCCAGAUGACUAUCACGGCGAAUACCAAGAUGAAUAUCAGAGAGAUUACCACGGUCAGUACAGUGACCAGGGCAUUGAUUAUUAGAUUUGCCUCAAAAGCUCAGUAUUAGUUUAUUAUUUUAUUCAGUAAAGAACGAAACUAGCCUUGUGGAAUUGUUACCCGUCUUCUUUACACAUUAUGCUUCAUGUACCUAAGGAAAUAAUUGCCUUACAUAACAUUCCUUUUUCCUUUCUCUGCCCUUUCCUUCUCUAGUUGCCUUUAGUGCUGUAACAGUUGCAGUCUACAGCAUAACCAAUAACUGCAUAUGAAGUAAAAAGGAAUACUGUGAAAGGGGGAGUUCUCUUAUACAGCCAAGUCUUUUAAUAAUAAAAACUAUGCAUUUUUUUACAA